CGUAAUUCCACCAUCCCUUGUGCCAGGCCGGUAAAGCAGGAGAGAGAGAGAGAGAUUUACACGGAGAUUUACACGGCGCCAGAAAACGAAAGGGGAAGGCGAACAACGAAGAAGAAAGAAAAAGCUGUGAACAUUCUUCCCCCCAUUCUCUCUCUACAAAAAUCGAACCGUCUGCGACUCUCUUUCUUCAAAAAGUUAGGGUUAGGUUUUGUAAAUUUCCUUGCAUAUACAAAUUUCGCUUUCCAGACCUUGAAGUCUCUCUUUUGACUUUUUACACAUCAAAAUCAAAGCAUUACUCUUAGAUCUCUAUAAAUUUUUGUGUAUAUGCUGUAAUUCAUUUCAAUUUCUCAUUCCUCUUAGUUCCGAAUUAAAGAUUUAUUCUGUAUAUAAAUCAGAACAUAGACCUACAUUUUUCUUUAUAGCUUGGAACUGAGGUUCAAUUUUUGUGAAUCAUGGCGGUCCCAACGAUAGCUUUGUAUGCAAGUCCACCGAGUAGUGUGUGUUCAACGCCAUAUCCAUGUCAGAUCAAUUCACACGCAUCGUACGACUUUGAUUUGAACGCUCGAUCUUCAUCCUUGCCGUCAUCUACCGCUUCGCCAUCUCAAAAACUCACCGUCGGUGGCCUUUCAUGCCUAUUUUCAUCUCCGUCGGUGAAACACUCUUCGUCGUCGAGCUAUUCGAGUGGGAGUGAAGAAUUGGGAUCGUUAUGGCACGAUAGAAACGAAGAGUUGAGUAGUUCUUUUCGAUACUCCCCCUUGAAUUCGUCUUUGAAACGAGACCAUAGCUUCCAGAGCCUUCAGAGCCCCGUAUCAGUAAUUCAAGGCCCUGUGACUUGCAGUAGUAGUGUAGCUGGUUCGUCUUCGAGAAGUACCCCGAUUAGAUUUGCGCGCGAAAGGGAUUGUGGAGAUGUAAAUGUGAAGAAUUUUCGGGGUACGAUUAAGGCGGGAAGUACUGGAUUAUUUAAUGGAUUUGUAAGGGAUGCGUUGGGUUCGUGUGUUGAAUAUGAUUCACCUACUUUCGAAGUGCACGAUGUGGAUUCGUCUUCUGGUUUGGUGGAUGAACUCACAUUUAAUAUUGAGGAUAAUUCCAUGGAUUUCCAUUUGGAGCCAUAUGCUAAAGAUAUGCUUUUGGGUGCACAAUUGAGGCACAAUAUAUUUUGUGAUGAUCUUGUUGUCAAGGCUUUUUACGAAGCUGAGAAAGCUCAUAGAGGGCAGAUGCGAGCAAGUGGGCAUCCAUAUUUAGAGCAUUGUGUGGAAACGGCUGUUUUUCUUGCAAUGAUCGGUGCUAACUCCACAGUAGUUGCUGCAGGGCUUUUACAUGACACGGUUGACGAUUCUUUUAUGAGUUAUGAGGCUAUUUUCCGGACAUUUGGUGCUGGUGUCGCUGAUUUGGUGGAAGGGGUGUCAAAGCUAAGCCAAUUGAGCAAGCUUGCACGGGAUAACAAUACGGCUUGUAAAACUGUUGAAGCUGAUCGACUGCAUACCAUGUUCCUUGCAAUGGCAGAUGCCAGGGCUGUCCUCAUAAAACUGGCUGAUCGAUUGCAUAAUAUGAUGACAUUAGAUGCAUUACCCUUGAUUAAGCAACAGAGAUUUGCUAAGGAAACUUUGGAGAUAUUCGCUCCCCUAGCCAAUCGUAUAGGGAUCUAUAGUUGGAAAGAGCAGCUAGAAAAUCUCUGUUUUAAACAUCUGAAUCCAGAUCAGCACAAAGAAUUGUCCUCCAAACUUAUGUCGUCCUUUGAUGAAGCCAUGAUUGCUUCUGCUGUACAGAAAUUGGAGCAAGCUCUCCAGGAUGGAGCCGUAAUAUUUCAUGGUCUAUCAGGGCGGCACAAAAGUUUGUAUAGCGCCUACUGCAAAAUGCUGAAGAAGAAGCUGACCAUGGAUGAAAUCCAUGAUCUUCAUGGGUUACGAUUGAUCGUUGAAAAUGAAGAAGAAUGUUAUAAAGCACUAAGAGUGGUUCAUCAGUUAUGGUCAGAAGUACCUGGGAGGUUCAAGGACUACAUAAAUCAUCCCAAGUGUAAUGGGUACCAGUCUUUACACACCGUGGUGAUGGGUGAGGAUAUGGUUCCAAUUGAAGUUCAGAUUCGAACAAAGGAGAUGCAUUUACAAGCAGAGUAUGGAUUUGCAGCUCAUUGGAGAUACAAGGAAGGUGAUUGUAAACACUCUUCCUUUGUUCUACAGAUGGUUGAAUGGGCACGUUGGGUUAUCACGUGGCAGUGUGAAACAAUGAACAAAGACCAUUCUUCCAUUGGCCACAUAGACUCUGUGAAGCCACCCUGCACAUUCCCUUCUCAUUCUGAAGAUUGCCCAUAUUCUUGUAAACCUCACUGUGGACCAGACGGACCUGUGUAUGUCAUCAUGAUCGAAAAUGAUAAGAUGUCAGUGCAGGAGUUCCCAGCAAACUCAACCAUGAUGGAUCUGUUGGAAAGAGCUGGUCAGGGAAGCUCUAGAUGGACUCCAUAUGGAUUUUCGGUGAAGGAAGAGCUGAGGCCAAGGAAAAACUGUGAGCCUGUUAGUGAUCCUAACUGCAAGCUAAAAAUGGGUGAUGUGGUAGAAUUAACUCCAACCAUACCUGAUAAGUCACUAACAGAGUACAGGGAAGAGAUUCAGCGCAUGUAUGACCGAGGUCUAACUGUAACAGGCAUGACGAUGCCUGCCAGCAACAGCAUGGUUGGGUGGAGAAGCUGACCCUUGGAUGUUUUCCAUCUUUGCAGUGUAGCAUUUAGUGGCCAAUUAGUUAUUUGUUUAUAUAUGAUAAACAUUUUUACAGACAGCUAUGUAAAUUUUGUUCUCGAAUAAUGACCAGCAAAAGGCAAAAAACUAUAUGAAUUUUCAAAAA